AUGUUCAAAAGGUACAAGUCUCUUGCUUCAGAACGCAGGAUUUCUCCAGGAGCUACACGGUCCAUACUUAAGGAUGACAUGAGAAAUUUUCAUUUUUUAUCGCAAUUUAUACUCUCAGCAGGCCCUCUAAAAUCAGCGUCAGCAGUUAAACAUUCAAAAACUACUCACUUUGAGAUUGAAAUACUUGAUGCUCAAACCAAAAAGCAGAUAUGUAUUGUGGACAAGGUGACACAAAAAUCUACCAUUCAUGAUGUUAAGCAGAAAUUUCACAAAGCAUGUCCACAGUGGUAUCCUUCUCGAAUAGGCCUGCAGCUAGAACGUGGUGGGCCCUUUCUGAAGGACAGCUUAACCAUUCAAAGUGUUGCAGCUUCCUCCAUUGUCACACUCUAUUUUACAGACCUAGGUCAACAAGUCAGUUGGACUACAGUAUUUUUGGCUGAAUACACAGGACCUCUGCUAAUAUAUCUCCUCUUUUAUUUGAGGAUCCCGUAUAUAUAUGACAUGAAAGAGAGCUCUAGAAGAUUAUGUCACCCAGUGGUACACUUGGCCUGCUUCUGUCAUUGUAUACACUAUAUCCGAUACCUUUUGGAAACCUUAUUUGUUCACAAGGUUUCUGCAGGACAUACACCUUUGAAAAAUUUGAUAAAGAGUUGUGCCUUUUAUUGGGGAUUCACUUCUUGGAUUGCCUACUACAUUAAUCAUCCACGGUAUACACCACCAUCAUUUGGAUACAGGCAAGUCGCAGUAUCUGCUAUCAAUUUUCUGAUUUGUGAAGCUGGAAAUCAUUUCAUCAAUGUAGUGCUGGCUCAUCCCAGUCACACAGGAAAUAAUGCCUGUUUUCCAAGUCCAAAUUAUAACCCCUUUACGUGGAUGUUUUUCCUGGUUUCAUGUCCUAACUACACCUAUGAGAUUGGAUCAUGGAUUAGUUUCACAAUCAUGACACAAACAUUGCCAGUUGGGAUUUUUACACUUCUGAUGAGUAUCCAGAUGUCUCUGUGGGCACAAAAGAAACAUAAGAUUUAUCUGAAGAAAUUCAAUUCUUAUAUGCGUAGGAAAUCAGCAAUGAUUCCAUUUAUACUGUAA